AUGGGUGUAGCCAUUUGCUCCAAGAUCAUCGGAAGUUGCCUUGUAAAGAACAUAUACCCAUCUCCUUCGGAUAUGUAUAGGUCAUGGAGGCUGAGAUACAAGAGACCUCCACCUGGUUGUAAGCAAGUCUGGAGACCGGUUCAACGCUCAACACCUGCUCCGGUCGCUCUCAUCGUUCCCACCAUGGAGUCUUUCAAUUUCUAUGUGAAUGAAGCUUCAUGGUCUGACGAAGAGACUGAAAUCACCAGAAAAGGAACCGGGGUUUUCCUUCCUAAUUUGGAACUCAUACAAAACGAUCAAAAACAAGAAGAAAACCCAGUCCCAAUCGACAUCCUCCCAGACGACAUCCAUGAAAGAAUCCUAGCCUGCCUCCCAUUAUCAGCCAUCUUCAAAGCAUCAUGCGUCUGCAAAAAAUGGAACCAAAUCGUCCACUCCAAGAAAUUCACCUUAAACGACGCUAACUUCCUGUCCGAAAAAACCUGGUACUUCAUGUUCACAAGCUCAGUCGAACCCGUGGGUUAUCUCUACGAUUCGGGUCUCCGAAAAUGGUACAACUUUGAGCUCCCAUUCAUGGUGCAUCACACAUGGCACAUAGCUCCAUCAUGUGGGCUUGUCUGCUUCAUGGAUGAUGAAACCAGUAAAGAAAUGUACAUUUGUAACCCUAUUUCUCGCGAAUACGAGACCAUCAAGAACCCACCAAACCUCGGUUUUUCCGUGUACACGGCAUUAGCAUUCUCCGUUGACCAGUCAAACUCAAAAUACACAAUCUCUGUCAUCAGGUCAAUUCAAUCUUCUGAUGAUUUCUUGUUAUGGGAUGUUUGUAUUCACGUUUAUAACUCAAACGAAAAGACAUGGUUAACCCCGGUGAUGGGGAUGACUAUGCACGGGUGGAGACCAGGGGACGUGAGUGUGAUAUGUGACAACGUUUUGUACAUUUUGGUCUUUUGCACGAGGAGAUUUGAUUUUCAGAACUCUCACGGGUUAAUAACUUACAAUCUUGAGAAAAUGGAAUCUGUUGUGAGGGAGGAAUUAGUAAUUCCAGCACCUUGUGUGCUUACUUGUGGGAGGUUGAUGAGUGUUCAAGGGAAGGUUGUGCUUGUUGGGGGUAUUGGGAGACAGGAUAGACCAGGGGUAAUUAAGGGAAUUGGGAUCUGGGUUUUGAAUGGGAAGGAAUGGAUGGAAAUCAGUAGAAUGCCUCAUAAAUUUGUGCAGGGUUUUGGGGAAUUAGAUGAUGUGUUUGCAAGCAGUGGUGGUGGGGAUCUCAUAUAUAUACAGAGUUAUGGUGGGACAGCUUUGCUUGUGUAUGAUAUGGAUAAAAGACAAUGGUUUUGGUCUCAAAGGUGUAUGAUGCAUAAGAAGUUUCCUCUUGAAAUCUUUUCUGGAUUUUGCUUUGAACCUCGGCUUCAGUAUAUGUAA